AUGUUCAGCAGCACCAGCAGUAAAGGCAAGACCUUUGGUUCAAGCCUCGCACCAGAACCCCGUGUGUCUCAAGCGUUGCACCAGAACCCCGUGUGUCUCAAGCCUCACACCAGAACCCCGUGUGUCUCAAGCCUUGCAACAGAACCCCGUCUGUCUCAAGUCUUGCACCAGAACCCCGUGUGUCUCAAGCCUCGCACCAGAACCCAGUGUGUCUCAAGUCUUGCACCAGAAUCCCGUGUGUCUCAAGCCUCACACCAGAACCCCGUGUGUCUCAAGCCUCGCAACCAGAACCCCGUGUGUCUCAGGCCUCCUUGGAACCCCGUGUGUCUCAAGCCUCGCACCAGAACCCAGUGUGUCUCAAGUCUUGCACCAGAAUCCCGUGUGUCUCAAGCCUCACACCAGAACCCCGUGUGUCUCAAGCCUCGCACCAGAACCCCGUGUGUCUCAAGCCUCGCACCAGAACCCAAUGUGUCUCAAGCCUCGCACCAGAACCCCGUGUGUCUCAAGCCUCACACCAGAACCCCGUGUGUCUCAAGCCUCGCGAGAUAUCAAUGCCCCUUAAAUGGAAUGAGAAAACACAUCUAA